CGCGGAGUACUAUCCCUCGUGUACGGCGGGCACCAGAUGGGGCUACUCCUCGUGGCGGCAAAAGGCCCAGCGUGACGCGGAAGCGGGGUACGAGACCCUGGGCGCUCUCUUCUCCUCGAUACUCUCUGCGUACUGGUGUAAGCUAGCGCAAAGAAUUGUUACUAGGGUUUCCAGAACUGGAAGAGGGAUUAGGGUAUGGUGAAGGGAAAGAGCUUGGAUUUGGCACAAAUGAGCGAAGAAAAGAGAUCGCCGGAUCCGUCGGAGGAUCCCGAGCCUUCGAAAAACCCCGCUUCCCUGCUGCCGUCUUUGGACGACAGCGGUGAGCGCUCCGAAUCCAACGCUGCCGGUGAAAAGGUUGCCGCCGAAUCCUCAGAGGCUUCUGGACAUCAAGAAGACGCCGCCCAUAAAGUGGAUUCCGUUGCUAAUGCUGCUGCCGAAGAGAAAUCUGAUCCAUUAGAAGCCACGGUUGCAGAAAAGGCUGAAUCAUUGGAAGAAGCUGCCACUGGAGAAGAACGAGUUAGGUCGGAUGUGCCAUCGAGAAAUAGUGAAGAUCAUGACGAGAAGAAGGCUGAUUCCUCCGACGCAGCCGAUGGCAGUGGUUUGGUUGUUGCCCUGUAUGUGCCCAUCUUUGACAAGAGUUCAUCGAGAAGUGGUGAGGAGCUUAAUGCGACCAGCACUGAUGCCGAGAAGGCUGAGAUCGUCGAGGUCACUAAUGGCGGUAGCUCGGUUGAUGCCAUGGCUGGACCUGGUAAGAAUCCAGAGAAGAAGGUUGGAACUCUUCUUGCGGCGGCGAUGAAGAAGUAUGCUGCCCCACGGUCAUCGAGCUAUCAUGGAGUUACUAGGCUGAAAUGGAGCGGGAAAUUUGAGGCGCAUCUGUGGGAUAACAGAAGCCAAGUGGAAGGUCGGAAGCGGAAAGGCAAACAUGUGUAUCUAGGUAGCUAUGAUUCAGAGGAGAAGGCAGCAAGAGCACAUGACCUUGCAGCUCUUAAAUACUGGGGUCCAAACCCGAAUACAAAACUAAAUUUCCCCGUCUCUGAUUAUGAGAAAGAGCUUGAGACAAUGCAGACCAUGUGCCAGGAAGAGUACGUCGCUUAUGUACGGAGAAAAAGUAGUUGUUUCUCAAGGGGAGCAUCAAUUUACAGAGGAGUGACGAGACGGAAAGAUGGUAAGUGGCAAGCUCGAAUUGGUCGAGUUGGUGACAGCAGGGAUGCCAAAGAUAUAUACCUUGGAACCUUUGAUACCGAGGAAGAAGCUGCGGAGGCCUAUGACAUCGCAGCUAUUGAACUGCGUGGUGUGCAUGCUGUGACUAAUUUUGACAUCAGCAACUACUGCGAGGGAGGUCUUAAGCGGUUAGAAGGGCCCUGCAAACUUGAGACAUAAAGGCCAACAGUUGAUUUAUAUGUAUUUUUUCUCUUUUAGGCUGCUGACUGUCUAAUGCCAUCCGGAUAUUUUCCAUAAUUUUCCAAAUUUGGAUAGUGUUUUGUGCAUUGCUGUAAUCUGGAUGGGGUGUUAAAGGUUUAAAGUAAAUAAAAGAACUCUCGUUAACUUCGCUUUGUAGAUGAA